GAGUUGUAGUCGUUAGAGUUAUAGUGCUCUGUGGUAGUAUUUCCAUUCUAAGUCUGUGUCCUGUGACCAAAAGUGUUAUGGGCCUACGUUAGAGUAAAAAAUAAAAAUAGUAUUCGAGUCAGUGAGCUAAGGUAAAAUAAAAAAUUUGUUAAAAUAAUUAUUACAAUAAAAUUUAAAAUAUUCAAAGUAUUAUUUAUGUUUUACUCUUGCUAGAGGAAAUACAUUAUUUGAUUUGUAUUUCCCUACGUCGUGUUUUCUUUUUGCCAAUUUAUACUAAAACACAUUUUAGCUAAAUAAAUAAACGUGAUUUAAAAAUCUAGGCCCAACGUUCAGAAAUUUCCAAUUUACACACACAAUUAAAAGUUUAAGGUUACAAAAAUAAUUUCUCAAUCUUUCUCUACUCAAAUAAAUAAAAAUGGAAGAUGUUAAAGAUGUUUAUAUAUCGCCACUGCCAGAUUCUCCAUAUGUAAAACCAUUUAGAUUAAAUUAUACUCAGAAUGGUAAAAAAAAGAACUGGGACUUACUGGAAGUUCAUGAUAGUGUGGCUAUCAUUGUUUUUAAUGUGACUCGUAGAAGGAUGAUAUUUGUCAAACAAUUUCGCCCAGCUAUAUAUUUCAACUCUAUCCAACCUGAUGAUCGACAUAAGCCAAUAGAUACUGAGAAGUACCCAGCCUCUCUUGGCAUAGCUCUAGAGAUGUGUGCUGGUAUCAUAGACAAAAAAUUGUCAAUAGAAGAAAUAGCAAAAGAAGAAGUGUUAGAAGAAUGUGGAUAUGAUGUCCGUUUGGAGGAUUUGCAUAAGAUAACAUCAUACAGGUCUGGAGUGGGUGUCCAGGGUUCAUUACAGACAUUUUUUUACUGUGAAGUGACAGAUGACAUGAAGACUGAGCAAGGUGGUGGUGUUGAUGAUGAAAUAAUUGAAGUUGUUGAGAUGACAAUACCGCAGAUAGAACAGAUGAUCAACUCACCAGGCCCUAUAUGUAGUCCACCAAGCUGCCUGUUUGCACUUAUGUGGUUUCUACACUAUAAGGCGGACAAGUAUAGAAAGAGUUUCGCCACAUUUUGCAAGGAAUGCAAGGAUUAGGACCUCUCAAUAUUAUAUGAAUGUAAAACGUGGUAAUAAUUGUUGACUUGCGAAAUUUAUGUGCUUUUUCCGAGUUUGAGGGUACAAUGAAAAAAAUACUGUGAUUAUUGUGUGGAUAAUAAAUAAAUUGGGUCUUAUUUAACUUA